AUGUCAACCAUCAUGUUACGAUCAAUUCCAAAGACAAGUCAGUUUGUCAAUAAAGUUGUAUUUCAACGACAAACAUUUACCACGUGGAAAAGUCGAAUAACUUUCAAUACCGCGAAUAAUGGCAGUGGUAAUAACUACAAUAAUUCAGAUAACAAUGAUAACAAUUAUGAACAAAAUUCUCAUGGUAACCAUUAUAAAACGGCAAUUGCUGCCGGAGUUGCAAUGACAGCAGCCGCUUCUGUUCUUACUACUGUUGGCAACGAUACGAAGAAGAAAGAUGGUAGUGGUAAAGUGGACUAUAAAUCUGUUCGUGAAGCCAUUGCUAAUUUAUUAGAUGUUGAAGGUUAUGAUGAUGGCAGUUAUGGUCCAGUAUUCGUUAGAUUAGCCUGGCAUGCAUCAGGCACAUUUUCAGCAGCUGAUAAUUCUGGUGGUAGUAAUGGUGGUUGUAUGAGGUUUGAACCUGAAUCAAAAUGGGGUGCUAAUUCAGGAUUACAAAUAGCGAGAGAGGUAUUAGAAAAGGUUAAGAAAGCGCAUCCAAAUAUAUCUUAUGCUGAUCUAUAUACAUUAGCUGGUGUUGUGGCUGUAGAAGAAAUGGGUGGACCUGAAAUCAAGUGGCGUCCUGGGCGAAGUGAUUUUGCUGAUGGCAGUAAAUCACCUCCUGAUGGUCGAUUACCUGAUGGAGCUCAAGGUGCUGCUCAUAUACGUGAUAUAUUCUAUCGAAUGGGUUUUAAUGAUCGCGAAAUUGUUGCAUUACUUGGUGCUCAUUCAUUAGGACGAUGUCAUAGCGAUCGUUCCGGUUUUGAUGGACCAUGGACAAGAGCACCAACAACGUUUAGUAAUGAAUUUUAUCGUGUCUUAUUAGAAGAAAAAUGGACAGUUAGAAAAUGGUCAGGUCCUAAACAAUAUGAAAAUUCAAGUAAAGAUUUAAUGAUGCUACCGGCUGAUUUGGCAUUAGUAUCUGAUCCAGAAUUUCGUAAAUAUGUUGAAUUAUAUGCAAAGGAUGAAGAGGCAUUCAGAAGCGAUUUUGCAAAAGCAUAUAGUCAUUUAUUAGAAUUAGGUGUUCAAUUUCCCGCUGAUCAUUCACAUGGACCUGCACCAACAUUAGAAGAAAAAAAGAAAUCAUUGUGGUAUAGAAUAUUUGGUUAA